CGCGAGACGUCGCCGUGUUAGCGCGUGGUGUUGUCUCCUGCUCUCGCGGAGAGCGUCGGUCGGGCACCCGCCACCACGCCGCUCCAGCACACGCCAGGAUUUGGCCUCUCGACCAGUUCCGGCUCUGUCACGUCAUCACUUGCGGGGUCCUCCCAGAGUCGUCCCCAGACAGAUAUUCUUCGGACGCUUCGGAUUAGUGAAAGGUUUCUCUGGCCACCAUGGCUGACAUGUUGGUGGAUUAUGUGGUGUUCGUUGUGUUCAUCUUGGUCUCCGUGUCUGUGCCAUUGUACAGGAACCUCAUGGAAGGCAAGGAACGCACUAAAGCUGCCUAUGUGUUUGCUGCAGGCAGUAGCGUUUCUAUGUUCGCUAUGAUGCUGUCAAUUGCUAGAGGCAUGCUCGGAGUAAAAGCCUUUCUAGGUUAUCCAUCUGAGCUUUAUUACAGGGGAAGUGCUAUGUGGGAAACACUGUAUGGUAUAAUAGCUGCAUACCCAAUAGUUUGUUUUGUGUUUGUUCCUGUCUACUUUAACCUUGGAAUCACAUCAGUCUAUCAGUACCUGGAUCUCAGAUUUAAAUCAAAACUAGUCCGCCGCUUGGCAAGUCUGACCUAUCUGAUCCGUGGUGUCCUAAACAUGGGAGUUACAGUGUUCACGCCAUGUGUUGCACUGAAAACUGUAGUGGGGAUGCCAUAUUGGGCAUCUAUAAUUUCUAUAACAACAAUCAGUGUGGUAUUCACAUUAUUGGGUGGACUAAAAUCUGCAAUACAUGUUGAUAUGAUUCAAGGCUUGGUGACUAUUGCAUGCAGUGUGACUAUAAUAAUUAAGGGAGCACUAGAUGUACCAGGAGGUGUAGCAGACGUAUUCAAGAUACCAAGUGAACAAGGAAGAUUGCAGUUUUUUGACUUUGAUCUUGACCCUACAAUCCGUGUUGCAACACUAUCAGCUGUGUUUGGUCAACUUUUCAUGUCACUGUCAAUAUUUGGCUGCCAACAAAAUUUUGUGCAAAGAUAUAUCAGUAUGGGAUCUGUUCGUGAAGUUACUAAAACACUCAUGACAAACAUACCUGUCAUCACAGUAUUGUUUAGUUUGUCUUGGGUAGUUGGCAUGGUCAUUUUCGCCAAUUAUGUUAACUGUGACCCACUCUCUUUGGGCUACAUCAGCAAGAUAGAUGAAAUAGUGCCAUUCUUUGUGGAGGACAAGUUUUCCUUUCUGCCUGGAUUUCUGGGACUUGUCAUGGGAUCUCUCUUCAAUGGCGCUCUGAGCAUCGCUGUAUCAAAUAUAAAUUCAAUGGCCACAGUGAUGUUUGAAGACUUCUUCUGUCAGAUUCCAAGCAUCAAAUUGCUUUCAGACAAGAAGCAAGUGUAUUUCAUAAAAGGAAUAGGUAUUUUUCUUGGAGCCAUUAUCACAGGAAUUGCAUUCCUUGUUGCAAUGUCAUCAGGAGUCAUUGAGUCUUCAAUGCUUAUGACAUCUGCAACAAGUGGACCUCUCCUUGGAGUAUUUGUAUUAGCAAUGCUGUUCCCAUGCUGCAACUGGAAGGGAGCAGCCUUAGGUAUGAUUGUAAGCCAUGCUGUUACUUUAUGGAUCACAUUUGGCAGAAUGACUGUUGACCAAGGACCAAUUGCUCUGUUACCACUUUCUACAGAAGGUUGUACAAACACGUCAUAUGCUGAUCUGGCACCAGCAAACCCAAUAAUUUCAUAUGCACUGAGUGUUGAAGAAUUAAUGAGUAGAUUAAACAUCUCAGGCAAGCUACCAGAGUACCUACUGAAUUCCACAGAGGAAGUAGUUGAUGCACUUGAUGGAGAUGCAGACAAUUUUCUUGAAGAGUUGUAUGCAAUCACAUACAUGUAUUACUCCUUAAUUGGUUGUGGCCUCACAGUACUCCUUGGAGUUGUUGGUAGCUACAUUACAGGUACAUCUGAUGACUGCAUAUAUGAUGAAAAAUUAAUUCAUCCACUUGCACUGAAGAUAAGUAAAAUGUUUCCUGGUCCUCCAAGGAAGUAUACUGUAGUAAAGGUUGUUGAAAAACAGACUGAAGAUAAAGCAUCAGCUAUGGGAAAAGUUCCUAGUGAAAAUGGAAUUGUUAAGACUGAGAAAUAUCCAGAUGACAGUGCUACAGGAAUCCCUGAAGCUACAACGAGUGAAAGUACGAUAGAGAAGUCACCUACUACUGAUGGAGGAUGUCCUGUUAGUUAUGUCUAGAAGAUGUGACUGAAAAAAUAAUUCAUUCCUGACGAUUUAAAGUGAAAAGUACUUAUACUGUGUUGCUGUAGAUGUUCCUAAGAAAUGCACAUCAUUUAUUUUUAUAUUUAAAGACUGUG